ACCACAACUCCCCUAUUUUCUCUCUAUUUUUCUUCGUUUUUCCCUCCAUCCCUCCAAAAAAGUCUCUGGUGUUGUGGGUUUGUCUCUCUUUCUUGCAACAAUGUCGACCGAGAAGGAAAGAGAGACUCAGGUUUACAUGGCCAAGCUCGCCGAACAGGCUGAGCGUUAUGAAGAAAUGGUGGAGUGUAUGAAAACAGUGGCAAAACUCGACCUUGAGCUAACUGUGGAGGAGAGGAACCUCCUCUCUGUGGGGUACAAAAAUGUUAUAGGCGCUCGACGUGCUUCUUGGCGCAUUAUGUCUUCGAUUGAGCAGAAAGAAGAGUCAAAGGGAAACGAGCAGAAUGUUAAACUGAUUAAGGGUUACCGCCAGAAGGUUGAGGAGGAGCUCUCCAAGAUUUGUGGUGACAUUCUGACAAUCAUAGACAAACACCUGAUCCCCUCUUCUGGCUCGGGGGAAGCCACUGUGUUCUAUUACAAGAUGAAAGGUGACUACUACCGGUAUCUGGCUGAGUUCAAGACUGACCAGGAAAGGAAAGAGGCCUCUGAGCAGUCACUGAAGGGCUACGAGGCUGCCUCCAGCACUGCUAACACUGACCUCCCUUCAACCCACCCAAUCCGUCUUGGCCUUGCUCUCAACUUCUCUGUCUUCUACUAUGAGAUAAUGAAUUCUCCUGAAAGGGCCUGCCAUUUGGCUAAGCAAGCUUUUGAUGAGGCAAUUGCAGAAUUGGACACCUUGAGCGAGGAGUCAUACAAGGACAGCACUCUGAUUAUGCAACUGUUGAGAGACAACCUCACUCUCUGGACCUCUGAUUUGCCUGAAGAUGGAGGUGAAGACAACUUCAAAGGUGAAGAACCCAAGGCUGCUGAACCUACUGAGCAUUGACAGAGUACUCUCAAGCUCUGCAUAAUGGCAAUAUGAUAUCAAAGUGCUUUGCAAAAGCAAAAUUUUCGUUUUCAUCUUUCAUUCUAGGAUUUCUCACCAAGGAAGGAGAUGGCGCUGUGUAAAACACUUGAGAAUGUUGUUAAUCUUUUCAGGCCCAACCAAAGCGAGAAGAUGAUAUGGGUUGACUAGGCUUCAUUAUUUUUGAUUCAUGUUUUGUUUUUCUUUUAAUCUUUUUGCCUUCUGCUUCUGGUAAAAUGUUAUUUCAUAGAAUCUACUACUUAUCCAAAGAAUGGAUAAUCUCUGUGCACUCUUAAUAUUGUAAUGACUUUUUGUCUGUCACUUUGUUUCUGUUA